AUGGGGUUGACAUGCGUUAUUGCGAUAACAAAUGCUGCUCCGGUCGAACAUGUCGUGCCAUCAGAGAUCGCCAACUGUAUCAACAGACUUACGCCUGUAGUUAAUACCACUGAUGCGAAUAAAGUGCCCGGACUUGGGACGCCACAAGAUGUAUACCUGUAUUGUCUGCAACAGUUCGUGUGGAGAGCGGACAUGGUGCGAUGGGAGGACUACGACAUUACUAAGAAAGACAAGGACUUCAUCAACGGCCUUCUUGCAUCUAUGAUGAACUCAACCGGGGAGACCAACUCAAGAAACAAGCGUGGCGUAACGAACCCUCCGCGGCCAGCGACAGGUUUCCGCACCCGAAGGGAAUACAGAGUUUUAAACGACACAGAAAGAAACGCGUUUCAUCGUGUAUUGCGUACGAUGAAAACGAAUGGGGAGUAUGACAGGUUCGCAAAUCUUCACCGGGGCGGUGUAGCAACUUCCGCCCACGGGGGGCCCAACUUUCUCGGAUGGCACAGAGUAUAUCUAGUUUUGUUAGAGGAAUCUAUGCGAAGGAUUGACAGAACAGUUUCUCUCCCAUACUGGGACUCAACGCUCGACAACGAAAUGGGCAAUCCAGCAAACACAAUCUUGUUCUCAACCGAGUUCUUGGGAAACGGAUUCGGAGUUGUUACCACGGGACCGUUCGCCAACUGGACAACCUCAGAGGGUCAGUUGAGAAGGAACAUUAACGGCGGUAGUCGUCUGGUAUCUAGAAAUUUUAUCAAUUUGAUCAUGACGCGUUGUCGGACUCGCCAAAUAGCCCGUCCUACUGCCACUGCGACAUACGACCUUGAGUUAGAGCACGGAGGCCCCCACGUUUGGGUAGGUGGACAGAUGCGUGGUAUAAACACAGCCGCCCACGACCCCAUAUUUUUCCUCCAUCACGCCUUUAUAGACAAUAUAUGGGAAAGGUUCCGCGUCCGCCAAUCAACUGUAUGUAGCCCAAGAAUAAAUCCCAGCACAGAUUAUCCACCAGCUACUGGUGAACAUGCCCAAACUAGAUCGAUGGACGGACUACCAGGAUACAGAAAUAUUGAUGGUUAUCGCAACUACUGGACUACUACUUGGUAUAGAUACGAACCUGCUCUCAGUUGUCCUUCGUGUGGCACAACUCCCUAUAUAACAUGCAACACGGCCCGCAAUGUGUGCGUAUCCACUGAACGUAGACUUGUUGCGCAAGAAGGAGCCAUUGCAGGUGGAAGAUUAGCGUUUUCCCCAGCUGAAACGGCAACAUCUGUAAGUGCAGCUGAAGCAAAAGCAUUGGACGAAAGACUCACCGUCGGUCCAGUAUUCGACGCACCUCCCGCUGAACCCAGGACGCAGAGGGCUCAGCUGGCCCGCAUUGCAGAAGUGGCACGACGCGCGGGAAACGCCAAUCCUGAGGACGAUACCAUAGUUAUCGGCUAAAACGUUGUGCACAUUAGUACAUAAGUAUUUGAAUGUACGUUCUUUUUGGUGAAAGCGAAUAUAUUUCAAUCAUUCAUA